AUGUACAACAAGAGAAGAGCGAAGCGAAUUUUCACAACACGCGGAAACGAAGAUCCCGCCCCCGAGUUCCUCGAGCACGUGGUUCUACCCGAUGAUACCCUCGUCGGCAUCUGCCUCAAGUAUAAGGUGCGAGAGGGGAACAAGUGCGAAGGCUUGGUGGUGUAUUCUUUCAGCAUUGCUCUUGUCGCUGAGCCAUCGCUUACAGAUAAAACCGUUGCUGGCCAACGUUCCUCAGCAGUGCACGGUUGCGGGGAAGUUUCCUAGGCCUUUGUCGCGAUAAUAGCGAAGGCAUGCACCAUGCAGGGGAAUCAGAUGUUUUUUAUCUCCCUCGCAGCGUUGCAGGGUUGCGAGGCAAACCGAUUGUCCGACGAGUACGCAGUGCGUGUUGUUCAUGGUCCUGAGUCAGUCUGCCCUCCAAUCGUUUGACCUUUUCGCUUUGUGCAAUCUUGGCACACAUGAUCUGCUUUCCACGAUUGCCGCUGAUAAUCACGCCACAGGUGAAGGAUCGCGAGCUGCGGAGGCUAAACGGGUUCGUGGGGGAUCACUUCCGGAUGUGCGAUGUCCUCAUCGUUCCGAACAGAUUUUCUCCUGGACAACAGGUAGCCGAGGCGCCCGCAUAGAGCAGCAGCAUCAGCAGCAACAACAACAACCGUAGGAGCGGUCGUGAUAUUGAAGUCGGGUAGGCUUUGGCGUAGUCGUUGAACUAUGUAGUACUUUGCUUUUGAUGGCGGCGGCGGUGGUGGUGGUCGUUGAAUAGUGGUGUGGUACCAGUACCGCUGACAGUAGUGUAUCAAUAGACGAGAGAUUGCAUGCUAUUGACGCAACAAGAUUGUCCCUACCCCUUUGUGAACACGAUCACUUGGGCUAGGCAACAGGAAAAUCAU